AUGCAAAAGGCAGAUAAAAACUGGCUUUAUAAAAGUGGAGUGACAAAAGCAGCAAUUAUAGAUGAACUGAAUAAAGCAGAUAUAGAAUUUUCUGAAAGCGAAAAUUUCGAGUCACUCCGGAAGAAAUUAAGAGAUUAUUACGAUGAAGUAAAUACUGAAACAGCAGGUAUAGCUAAUGCCAAUGAAACCCUCACGGGUGAGAAUACACAGAAUCGCGUUGUAAACACCGACAGUGAAGAGGAAGAUCCCAACAGUAACAACAUGUCGGACAAUAAAAGCAGAUUAGAAUUUAUUCUUGGAAAAUCAGACUGGCAAUUAUUUAUUGAAAGAUUUAAAUUCUACAUCAAAAGAAGGAAAAUCACCGAGGAUGGGGACAAAGUAGCCACGCUGAUCGACUUAAUCGACGAGGAAAGCUUCAAAUUGCUCAAACAAUUAGUAUCUCCGGCAGAUGUGGAGACAAAAACUUACGAUCAAAUAGUCAAAGUUAUGACUGACUAUCUGCACCCCAAACCUUCGGAAAUCAUGGAAAGAUGUACCUUCCACCAAGCAAGACAAGAACAGCACGAAAACAUACAAGAGUUUGCCGCACGAUUGAAAAAACUUGCUUUAAACUGCAAUUUUCCAGAUCUACAAGACACAUUGCGCGACCAGCUGGUGUGUGGAAUAAGGGACACUGAAACACGAAUCAAAUGUUUUGAAAUUGAGAAAGCCGAUUACGAUGGAGUUUUAAAAAUCGCGCUUGCAAGAGAAAAAGCAGUAAAAGAUGCUUCGUCAUCUCAAAACGCGUUAGAACAUAAAAACGCGAAACAAGAACUUUACCACGUCGAUACGAGAAAUAAAAAAUCGGGAACAUCAAGCACGAGCCAAACGAGAGGUGGUCACCGCGGGGGCAGAGGUGCCGGAGGAGCAUCAGCCACGUCGAGCGGCACAAAUCAGCAGCGUCAAGGCCAAAAGAAGCUAGUGUGUUAUUGUUGUGGCAAAGAAGGCCAUAUAAAUAGAGAGUGCCAGUAUAGAGAUUAUGUGUGCUCGUACUGCGUGAAAAAAGGGCACAUUGAACGCGCGUGCCGAAUUAAGCAAGCAGCAGUAAACACAGCCGCGAAGCAAGAGGUGAAGAAUCUCCAAGCAGCAGACGAGGAUAGCAGCGAUUUCUCGGACGACGAUCACGAAAGCGACUUCUUACACCUCAAGGUUACGCAGCAAAGUAAAAACGCGAAUCCUAUGUUUAUAUCGGUUUUAAUAAAUGAAACCCCGGUUAAAUUCGAGAUUGAUACUGGGACUUACGCUACGGUAAUUUCUGAAAGAAUUUUACAAAAAGAAUUAAAAGAUUGUAAGAUCAUUAAAACGAAUUCGGAAUUAAAAACUUACGACGAAAGAAUCUUAAAACCGUUGGGAAAACUAAUUAAUUUGAAGGUCGCUAUCGACAACGAAACGCGAAUAUUAGAUUGUUUUGUUAUGAAAGGAUCGGGACCGGCUCUAAUAGGUCGAAAAUGGUUACAAGCUUUCGGCGCUUGGCCUUUAAUCGAUACUGCCGGAAUGUACAAUAAAAGUUCUAUUAAGUUACAUGUAAAAGAAAAUACCCGUCCGGUAGCACUUAAGUGCAGAAACGUUGCACAUGCGCUAAAACCGCUAGUGGAGAAAGAGAUAGAUAGAUUAGUAGAAUUGGGACAUUUAAAGCCAGCAACGGCUAGCGAGUGGGCGACACCUAUAGUGCCCGUAUUUAAAUCAAACGGUAAAAUAAGAAUAUGCGGCGAUUUUAAAUUGACCGUAAACCGAAAUGUUAUCAUAGAUAAAUACCCCAUGCACACGAUCGAUGAAAUAUUUGCAGCAUUACAGGGUGGUGAAACGUUUUCAGAGCUGGACCUGACGCACGCCUAUAUGCAAUUUCCGGUAGACGAAAAAAGUUCCGAAUUUUUAACGAUAAUUACUUCUAAAGGUCUUUUUAGAUACACAAAAAUUCCGGAAGGUGUUGCGCCAGCCCCAGCAGAAGUACAAAAAAAGGUAGAUGAAGCCAUCAGGGGAAUUUCAGGCACUAUAGCCUACCUAGAUAAUAUUUAUAUAACAGGGAAAAACGCUGAAGAGCAUAAGCGGAACUUGGAACAGGUUUGUGCAAAACUUCAAGAAUGUAAUUUGAGAGUAAACAUUAAAAAAUGCAAAUUUAUGCAGGAAAAAAUUGAAGUAUUGGGUUUUGUUAUUAACAAAGAAGGAUUGCACAAAGCUUUUUCCAAGAUCAAAGCAAUGACGAAGGCGCCUAUACCAACCAAUGCGAAAGAAUUGGAGUCGUUCAUCGGGCUGAUAACGUUUUAUGCUAGAUUUCUGGAAAACAGAGCAAGUAAAUUGAAACCACUUUACGAUUUAUUAAAAGAAAAAAAAUUCGUCUGGACUCGGGAGUGCGAUAAAGCUUUUAAGUGGGUUAAGAAUGAAUUAAUUUCACCGCGCGUUUUGGCGCAUUUUGACCCAAAGGAAGAAGUAAUUCUUGCCUGCGACGCUUCCGACUACGGGCUAUCUGCAAUUCUUUCGCACAGGUAUAAAGAUGGAUCCGAGCGACCAAUAGCUUUUGCGUCAAAGAAAAUACCAGAAAAUGAAUUAAAAAGAGCGAUAAUUGAUAAAGAAGCAAUGGCAAUCGUGUUCGGCUUCAAAAAAUAUUACCAAUAUAUUUUCGGACGCGAAAUAGCAUUGCGCACAGACAAUAAAGCUCUCGAAUUCAUACUCGGUCCACGAAAAGGCAUACCGCAAACAGCGGAUAAUCGGCUUCAGCGAUACGCGUAUUAUUUAUCGGGAUUUAAAUAUAAGAUUCAACAUGUCAAAUCAAAAGAAAAUGCAAAUUGCGAUGCGCUGUCGAGGUUGCCGAUAGACGACCAAACAGAAAUAAUUACGAAUGAAUUCUCGUACAUUAAUUUUUUUGAAGAAGGAACAACGUCAUUUAGUAGUAAAAUGUUAGAAAUUGAAAGUAGAAAAGAUAAAACUAUUAAUAAUGUAAUUAAAUUUGUCAAGGCAGAUUGGCCCAGCACGAAAAACCUGUCAGAAGAAGAGAAAAUUUACUUUCAUAAAAGGUACGAAUUAACAGUAGAUACCAAUUGUUUAUUUUGGGGAAUGAGAGCGUGCAUUCCUGACAGCAUGCGGGCAAUCAUACUAAAAGAAUUACAUUCUUCUCACAUGGGAAUUGUCAAAAUUAAAACGUUUGCGAGAUCUUACGUCUGGUGGCCAGGCAUUGAUUCUGCUAUUGAAAAUUUAAUUAAUGAUUGCAACAUUUGCUCAGUACUUCGAAAAACCCCGGCAAAAACACCGUUAACUACUUGGCCUUGGCCACCAAAGGCGUGGAGUCGCAUUCAUUGCGAUUUUGCAGGUCCAUUUUUUAAUAAUAUGUACCUCAUUGUGAUAGACGCACACUCUAAAUGGCCUGAAGUAAUAAAUUUCAAAAAUAAUACAAAAACGUCGAAGGUCAUCGAAAAAUUCAAGACACUAUUUGCUAAUUACGGUUUACCUUUACACGUUCAUUUAGACAACGGGCCCCAGUUCAAAUACGGAUUGAAAGAUUGGCUAGAACAAAACGGAGUCCACGUGAGUUUCUCCCCCCCCUAUCAUCCGGCCACGAACGGCGCGGCUGAAAAUUUUGUUCAUACUUUCAAAGAUAAAGUGAAAAAAAUCGUUAAAGGGGGAGAGAGACUCGAAGACGCGAUUAAUAAAUUUCUUCUUGAUUACCGUAGCAUACCACACUGUACAACAGGACGCAGCCCGGCGUUCUUAAUGUUUGGGCGAGAACUGAGAACUCGUUUUGAUGUAUUAAGACCAGAUGUUUCGAUGACCGUUGACAGGCAACAAAGAGCACAGAUAGUAGCUAGGCGAGGAAAUAGGAAGGUAGAUGUAAAAGCCGGAGACGAUGUCUUGAUGGACUCUCACAGGGUUAGGAGUGAAAAACGUGUGCCAGGUAAAGUCAUUAAGAAAGUAUCGCCCUCGACUUUUAUUGUACGCGACGAUCAGGGCAGUACACACAAAAGGCACAUCGAUCAAAUAGUCGACAAGAAGAAGCAGACCACUGUACCGAGAAGGUCGCCUCGCUUGAAUCCAAAUCUUUAA